UGUGUGUGGAGGAGUGCUUUCAUGAGGGGCGAGCUUUCAGUGUGAGAUUCGUGCCAGUUGCGCGCUCCACAUUUCUAUCUUUCUUCUUCUCUCCUGGAAGGGCAGUUUGUCCAAAAGUGUCAGGUCUGAGUGCGUGAAGAGUUGGUAGUGUGUGCUUAACUCUGUGCUGUGGUAAUCUUUUUCAUGCUGUGCGAAGAAAAAGAGUGAAGGAAAUUUCAUCAGAAAAAAAUUUUCAUUCAGCAUUUGAUCAUUUUCAUUUUCUACUAAUUCUCCUCCUUUAACCGGUGUGAGAGAGAAUUCUGUGAAAAAUUCAGGCACCGUUGAUCUUUGCAUCUUUAGCAGUUGUUCCAGCAGCCAUGUUUGCUCUUUGGUAUUUGUCCUUUGCGAUCGAUGAAAUAAGAAAACGUCUUGGAUAUCCCUCGCUAUUUUCAAGUCAAAAGAGCGAUGUGACAAUCCCUACAAAACCGGAACCAAUAAAGCCUGAAGUUAAACGUGAUGAGGUUGUGAAGCCCAAAGAACCCGAAAAGAAGCCACAACCUGAGAAGAAGGCUGAGCCUGAGAAGAAGCCAGAACCCACAAAGGUUGAACCUGUGAAGAAACCAGAAUCCCCAAAGAUUGUGCCAAAGACGCCUCAACAGUCAAAAAAUAACGGAGGACCAUCUACACCAACCGUUAAACAGCCUGAAUCCCCGGAAACACAAGAAUUAAUUAAGACUUAUGAGAUCCCUGAGAAAGAUGAUGCCAAAAAGAAACCCGAUGUAAUCAAUGGAGCUGGUGGUGUUCGUCAGGUUUCGCCGAAACCCAAAGAAACACCCAAGACCCCAACAACUCCCACGACUCCAACGACUCCCUCAAAGUCUCCCAGCCCAAGUCCUGUGAAGAAUGGAAAUCUCGCAGGAAAGGCAAAAUCUCCCAAGGAUGCUACUUCAGCCUUCUUAGUGGAGGAAUCGACUACGAAAACAAGGGUUGAACCCGCUACUAAAAGGAACAAAUCCGACACCAUGGUUGAUGCUGCUACACUUGAGAAAUUGGAGGCUGGAUUCGCCAAGCUUGCCGCAUCCGACUCCAAGUCCCUGCUGAAGAAGUACUUGACCAAGGAGGUCUUUGAUGCCCUCAAGACCAAGAAGACACCAUCCUUUGGAUCCUCCCUCUUGGACUGCGUCCAAUCUGGAUUCGAGAAUCACGAUUCUGGUGUUGGUAUCUAUGCUCCUGAUGCUGAGGCGUACUCUGUAUUCUCUGACCUCUUCGAUCCCAUCAUUGAGGAUUACCAUGCAGGAUUCAAGAAGACGGACAAGCAUCCACCACGCAACUUCGGUGAUGUGGACACCUUCGGCAACCUCGAUCCUGCUGGUGAGUUUGUGAUCUCUACUCGUGUGCGCUGUGGCCGCUCCAUGGAAGGCUACCCCUUCAAUCCAUGCCUCACUGAGGCCCAGUACAAGGAAAUGGAACAGAAGGUGUCCACCACUUUGUCUGGGCUCGAGGGUGAGCUCAAGGGCAAGUUCUACCCUCUCACUGGUAUGGAAAAGGCCGUUCAGCAGCAGCUCAUCGAUGAUCACUUCCUGUUCAAAGAGGGCGAUCGCUUCCUCCAGGCCGCCAAUGCCUGCCGCUUCUGGCCAAGUGGACGUGGUAUCUACCACAACGAUGCCAAGACCUUCUUGGUCUGGUGCAAUGAGGAAGAUCACCUGCGUAUCAUCUCCAUGCAGAUGGGUGGUGACUUGGGUCAGGUUUACCGUCGCCUCGUAACGGCCGUGAAUGAUAUUGAGAAACGCAUUCCCUUCUCCCACCACGACCGUCUUGGCUUCCUCACGUUCUGCCCCACCAACUUGGGCACCACCAUCCGCGCUUCUGUCCACAUCAAGGUGCCAAAGCUCGCGGCCAACAAGGCCCGCCUUGAGGAAGUUGCUGGCAAGUACAAUCUGCAGGUGCGUGGAACCCGUGGUGAGCACACCGAAGCUGAGGGUGGCGUCUAUGACAUCUCCAACAAGCGCCGCAUGGGACUCACGGAGUAUGAUGCCGUCAAGGAGAUGUACGAUGGCAUUGCUGAGCUCAUCAAGAUCGAGAAGAGCCUGUAAAGACACAAAUACCCCAAAGACACUGAGCCGCAGAUUUUAUUUCAUUUUCGCUGAGAAGUCUGGACAAAAAACAAAACUACUGUAUUUCUAUUUGCUAUUUCAUAUUUUGCUGGUAAAAAAAAGAAGAAAACUAACUUUCAACUAAACACAUCGUGGAUGUGGAAAUCAAUGGAGAACAUGCAGCAUUUCAUUGACAUCUCGCAAUGCUGGACACUCACAUGUUUCUUUCACACUUUUCUUUAGAUUUUCUUUUUCGUUCGCGACUCCACCAUUUAAAAUAUUUUGCCAAAUGACACACGCAAAAAGAUACUCUAAAAUGUAGAGUGGAAUAAAGGAAAGAAACAGCAGA